AGAAUGGAUGCAGACAGAGAAAAGAAACAUUCAGUUCCCAAACAUAUUUGGUAAUCUUGCACACGCAAGACCCCUAUAAGAGAGGAGGCUAAGAAGAGAUGGAACAAAUUUUGUUUCUAAUUAGCCUUUUCUUGAGUUUCGCUUUCUCCGGAAGAUGCAGCGAUGUUUACAGCAAGAACGACUUCCCGAAGGGCUUCGUCUUCGGAUCAGCCGUUUCUGCUUUUCAGUGGGAAGGAGCUGUUGAUGAAGACGGAAGAACGCCUAGCAUUUGGGAUGCAUACGUUCAAUCUAGUCAUGGUCAUGGACCUACCGGAGGUGUAGCAUGUGAUGGUUACCAUAAAUAUAAGGAUGAUGUAAGGCUGAUGUAUGACAUGGGUUUAGAUGCAUUCCGACUCUCUAUCUCGUGGCCGCGGCUUAUACCAAAUGGAAGAGGUCCUGUGAAUCCAAAGGGGUUACGGUUCUACAAAAACCUCAUAAAUGAGCUCACAAGAUAUGGAAUUGAACCGCAUGUUACGUUGUUUCACAAUGAUCUCCCUCAGGCUCUUGAAAAUGAAUACGGAGGAUGGAUUGACCGAAAAAUCAUCGAUGACUUCACGGCUUUUGCAGACGUUUGCUUCAGAGAGUUUGGCAACAAAGUGAAAUCCUGGUGGACUAUUAACGAGCCCAAUAUGCUAGCUUGGGGAGGUUAUGACUUGGGAGUUUUCCCUCCUAUGCAUUGUUCUCCUCCAUUUGGGAUUCGCAAUUGCUCCAGGGGAAACUCUUCAACUGAGCCAUAUAUUGUACUCCAUAACAUGUUGCUUGCACAUGCAUCCACCGCAAGAUUGUAUAAGCAAACGUAUAAGGAUAAGCAGCAUGGAUCUGUAGGUAUAACUUUAUUUGCAUACUGGAUGGUUCCAUUUACUAGCUCUGAAGAGGACAAGAUUGCAACUCAAAGAGCCAAAGAUUUCUACUUAGCCUGGGUUUUGCACCCGCUGGUGUUUGGGGACUAUCCUGAUAUGAUGAAAAGAAUUGUGCGCGAAAGGUUGCCAAUCUUUUCGAAAGAAGAAUCAGAAUUCGUUAAAGGCUCAUCUGAAUUCUUGGGACUGAUUCACUAUACAGCAGUUUACACGGCACACGUAUCUGGUACUGUCCACUCAGGAGACUUUACUUCAGACAUGAGUGCUUCACUACUACCCUUUGGAAACUCUUCAUUUGUCAAGUUUGAUGUGCUUCCAUGGGGUCUUGAAGGAGUGUUGGAAUACAUAAAGCAGAACUAUGGCAAUCUUCCUGCUUACAUUCUUGAAAAUGGUCGACCAACUAACCAACAUUCAUCGCUUAACGACGUGGGAAGAGUUGAAUACCUUCAUGCUUAUAUCGGUGCCGUACUCGAUUCAGUGAGGAAUGGGUCAAAUGUCAGAGGCUACUUCCAGUGGUCGUUCAUGGAUUUGUACGAAUUUUUGAAUCCUAAUUACACAUACGGAUUAUACUAUGUGAAUUUCAGUGAUCCAGAACGUGAGAGAUUUCCAAAAACCUCUGCUCUUUGGUAUACUGCUUUUCUCAAAGGAACAACCGUUAAUUCACAAAAUCUGAAGGACCUCUGGGGGUCUACCUCUCAUGGGGCUUCUUCUCAGUAAAACAGAAUAUAGACUCUGUUUGGUUUACUUAUUCGACGAGAGGAGGUCACGGACGUCUGAAGAUAAUGAAUAAAGGCAAAAUGUUGCAAUAAAAAGGAAAAGUGAGAGUUUGAAGAUUUUUAAAUUAAAAAAGUUAAAUAGUGAGAGCUAGUGGGCUUCUCUCUUUACCAAUAACUAAGUGGUUGACCACAAAUUUAUGGGUAUAAAUAAUAUUAAUUUUAAAUUUAAUAUACUAUUUUUAUGCUUUUAACAUGCAAUAAAAUA